AUGUGGGCACCGCAGCAGUGUGACACCCAGCCCGUGUUGUGCUGGGCUUCUUGCAGGGGCUUCAGCUAUGUGGACCUGGUGGAGGGGCUGCGGGAUGGGCGCUUCUAUGCCCUGAAGCGCAUCCUGUGCCAUGACAAGGAGGACCGCCAGACCGCCCUGCAUGAGGUGGAGAUGCACAGCCUCUUUGACCACCCCAACAUCCUGCGUCUGGUGGCCCACUGCAUGGUGGAGAAGGGCGCCAAGCAUGAAGCCUGGCUCCUCCUGCCCUAUGUGAAGGGAGGGACUCUCUGGAGAGAGGUGGAAACACUGCGGGAGAAAGGGACCUUCAUGCCAGAGCAGCGGAUCCUCCACAUCCUCCAUGGCAUCUGCCGCGGGCUGCAAGCCAUCCACAGCAAAGGCUACGCACACAGGGACCUCAAGCCCACCAAUGUGCUGCUGGAUGAGGGUGACCAGCCCGUGCUGAUGGACCUGGGCUCCAUGAACCAAGCUCGCAUUGAAGUGAACAGUUCUCAGAAGGCCAUGGCCGUGCAGGACUGGGCUGCUCAGCGCUGCACCAUCUCCUACCGUGCCCCUGAGCUCUUCACAGUGCCGAGCCAGUGUGUCAUAGACGAGCGCACAGAUAUUUGGUCCCUAGGCUGCAUGCUGUACUGCAUGAUGUUUGGGGAGGGCCCCUACGACGCCAUCUUCCAGAAGGGUGACAGCGUGGCUCUGGCAGUGCAGAACCCCAUCACUUUGCCUCCCACAACCAGGUAUUCAGCUGGUUUGCAGCACCUGCUCUCCUCCAUGAUGACGCUGGACCCCCAGGAGCGACCCAGCAUAGAUGAAGUCCUCCACCAGCUGGAAGAGCUGCAGCCAGCGCCGGCGGGACAGGACACCACGCAGAUCUGA